CGACAAAGGGCCGAAUGCAUGAAUCUUGAAAGUGAAGACAGCGGAAAAUCCAUACUUGCCGAAACUGUGGAAGAAAGUGAUCCUCAUACUGCCCGGGCGCAGGUGGUAGAGAGAUCGAUAGCGAUAGCCCUGGGUAUGGAGUAAUAAGUGCAACGAUUGCAUGUGACAUAACAAGUGACACCUGGUUGCUCUACCUUCUUUCCCUGUUGUACAUCGCCGUCAAUCCAUCAUACUUUUGCUUCCCUGAAUAUUGCUCCCUUGUCCUUUCAGAUCCCAUCAACAUUCAUCCUCUUCCUCCCGCGCGUUACGCAUCGAACGGGAGUCACCAAAUCCUUACAAACAGAUCAUCAUCUCGCAACUGCGCUCUCAUCCAACACCUCAGCCAUGUCGACGACUCCGGGACUCUUCUACACCGAGCAGAUCUCUACCGGUCUUUGUGCCGCUCAGGUCAUCGGCCUCACGACCACAGCUUUCCUUGCCGGCAAGACUUUCACCCAGAGCGCUUCCGCCACACCUGCUCUGCUCGAGGCGCCAGCCCCGCUCCUCGCGAGACAAUGGCGUAGACUCACAAACAACACCAGCAGCGACAGGUUGAUUGCGCCUGCCGUCGCGCUGAUACAUACCGGUGUAUUCGGCUACCUGGCCUACAAAGAGCCGAGCGGAUCAAGGACGGGCUACCUUUACACGACAUCAGCCUCUCUGCUUGCGUUGCUACUUCCCUACACCGCACUGCUCGCAGGUCCGAUCGUCCAGAAACUCGAUCGCAAGGCCGAGGACCUCUCUGGAGCUUCUCUCACAGACAGUAAGCUCGAGGAAGGCAUCGCUCAAGAGGAAACUGUUCACGGUCUGCUCGACCAGUGGGCCUUGAUCAAUCUUGGCGGCAGCUUGAUCAGCGGUCUUGGAGCAGUGUUGGCGGCGUGGGCGGUUGUGGAUAGGGUUAUCGCGGUCCCAGCGGGCAUCAAGUUCGCGAGCGGCGCAAACAGACUGGGUUGAUUGGAUUCAAUAACAGUUUUGUCGCAAACGCUUGCGUGCUCUUUCGAGUAACGGCGCUCGAUGUGAACUGUCGCUUUCCAUCGGGAAUUUCUUUUUCGGGAGGGGGCUUACGAAUGCGGGAACGCUUCGUCUGGCUAUGACUUUAGUAUGAUAUCAAUGCUACUAUUUCGAAAUGGCUCGGUGAAGUCUCUUUGUAAGCAACAUCAAUGAUCAUCAUGAAGGAGCACUCCACGAAAUGCCUCCGACGCGUGCUGUAUGUCAAUUGCGAGCGCGCGGCAGCUUUAGAAUACGCUCCAAAAUGACG